AUGGUAUGUGGGGAGAUACCAACUGCAGUGAACCAGUUUCAAGAGGCUUGUGCCAUACUCUCAAAAGCCUACGGUGAAACUGCUAAAGAAUGUGCAGAUGCCUACUUCUGUUAUGGACAAGCUUUGUUAGACUUGGCUCGAAUGGAGAAUGGAGUGCUGGGAAACGCCCUUCGGUGUGAUGAGAUCAUUUUAAAUGAUCUCCUUGAUUACAUAAACGCCACAGAACCAAACAUCUACAACCGUGGCUCUCCAAGUUACAAGAUGUUAUGCACCAAAUUGAAUGUUACAAACAAUAGUGUGGACCAGAAUGAAUCACAAAUAAGGUCAGAACAACAGAACGAAAGACCGACAGAUACUGAUGCUUUACCAAACAGAUUAAAAUGUAAGAUUUGUUUGGACAAGGAAAUGUGCAUUGUGUUUUUACCUUGCGGACAUCUUGUAUCGUGUGAGGAUUGUGCUCGCAGUUUGCCGACAUGUGUAGUUUGCAGAGCUGUUAUCAAAGGAAUCGUCCAUACAUAUUUAGCAUAA